CAAAUGGCUACCGAGACACGAACACAUGGCGACUAUACUGUGGGAUGGAUCUGCGCCUCGUCGAUCGAAAGGAGAGCGGCAAUGGCCAUGCUGGACGAAUUGCAUGAACCUCUACCAACGCCAGAAUAUGAUCGAAAUAUAUACACUCUUGGGUCUAUCGGCAAACACAACGUUGUUAUUGCAUGCCCGCCGAUGGGAACAGCUGCACCAUAUAUCAUUUCUAUGACCAACAUAUUUCGCGCAAUAAAUUUCAGCUUGUUGGUUGGCGUUGGCAGCGGCAUCCCACCCGAUGUUAGACUCGGCGACGUCGUCGUUGGCACACUCGAAGGCCACAAUCCUAAAGAAAUGAUGUUGAACCCACUAGUAGAAGCGGAGAAUUCGGUACACGUCGAGACAUGGGCCGCUACUCCACCACAGCCACUUCUCGAAGCUCUCAAAAAAAUAAAGACCGAGUAUGAACUAUCUGGAUCUAGGAUACCAGAAUAUCUGGAGAGGUUGAAACGAGACUCUCCGGCAUUGGCAUCGAGAUACCUCAAAUCCGAUUCUCUCCAAGAUCUGUUAUUCGAUGCAGACUACGGUCAUGUUACACCAGAUUUUGCGAAUCUCAGUUUCAUUCCUAGGGAAGAGAAUGACUGUCGAUUCUGUGACAAGACGAUGACUGUGAAGAGAAAGCCUAGAGAAAUGCGUGUCCACUACGGUUUAAUCGCUUCGGCCGAUCGAGAGAUUAAAAGCGCGCCCUUACGAGAUAGGCUUUGUCGAAAUUUCGGGGGGAAAGUUCUGUGUAUUGACAUGGAUAUAGCAAGGAUAAAGAUUCUAUUCCCGAGUCAUUAUCCAUGCCUUGUCGUUCGAGGAAUCUGCGAUUAUGCAGACUCCCAUAAAAAUAUGGAAUGGCGGGACCACGCUGCCAUCAUGGCGGCAGCAUAUGCGAAAGACCUCCUGCAUGAACAAGAUCUUCAGAUCCUAGAAUGGCUGACACCAGUUGACUACGGCCCUCGACAUAGGGACUUCCUGAGAAGGUGGCAGCCGGAGACAGGUUUGUGGCUCCUGGACUCGGCAGAAUACAAAACAUGGUUAAGUACCAAAAAGCAAACUCUUUUCUGUCCCGGAGAUAUCGGAAGUGGAAAGACCAUUCUCACUUCGGCUGUAAUCAACGAUGUUAAAACGAGGUUCCAAAUCAAUCCCGUGGUUGGUAUUGCUUACAUCUAUUGCGAUCACCGGCACAAAGAGACACAGCAAAUUGACGAGUUAAUUGCCAGCAUACUUAAACAACUAACCCAAAAAUUGUUUUCUUUACCGGAUUGCAUAAGGCAAAUGUACGAAAAGCAUAAAUACGGACAAACGCGUCCAUCUCUAAAUGAGAUUUUGGGAGUAUUACAUACUAUAAUUGGGGAGUACUCACGAGUCUUCAUAAUUGUUGAUGCGCUUGAUGAAUGUCCAACGUCUUCUGGCUGUCGACAAACUUUUUUAAAAGAGCUCUCCAAUCUCCAAAACCAGUUUGGAGUCAACUGCUUUGCAACCUCCAGGCUAGAUCCAGACAUAAUUGCCCAGUUCAGAACGAAUAGCAUAUCGCUGGAGAUUCGAGAAAAUGCCAAGGAUGUACAGCUAUACGUAAAAAGAUACAUGGAGCAACUACCGGCUUUUACCGAACUGGAUCAAUGGCAGCAGGAAACAAUGUUGGUCAAGGUCCUGGAACACGUUGAUAAAAGGUAUGAUCUAGCC